GAGGUGUGACAUUUUGAGCUGAGCACAGCAGCUGCAGUGCUCAGCUCACCACAACUGUCACCAUUUUCUCCAAGCCACAAACCGACACCGUCUCACCUUCAAGUCUUCUACAACCCCAAUCCAACCCCAGCCCCAUAUUUUCAGCCGAGCAACAUGAGCAGCACGUUUGAGCCAGCAACUGAUUCACCACUUCCCGUGCCCGGGGUGCAGUACUUUCUCCAGCAUGUCCAAUCGGGCAAGUAUGUCCACCCGCAUGGUGGGUCUGAUAUGCCGGGAAAUGACACCGCCCUGGUCUUGCAUCAUGGCUUCGACGAGAAGCGGGACGCUCUGCGCUGGGUCUUCGUCAACGAUGCCGAGAACAAGCAUCAGCUCAAACACUACUCGAGUGGCAAGUUCGUCCAUCCAAAGGGCGGAAAAGUCGGCAAGGAAGCAACAUUGGUUGUGCACAGCAGCCCGGGCCGUCCCGAAACCAUGAUUGAGAUGGUGCAGGAAGACGGCCGCACUUAUCUGCGUCAUACCGACUCGGACUACUACGUCCACCCCCACGGCGGAAGCCCCAACCCAGGCGACAACACGAGACUGGUGUACUACAGUGGAUACCGACCCAGUUUGGCUUUCCUCGCCAUUCCCGCUGAAACGCUGUUUGUGGACAGGAUUGAAAUUCACCAAGCACAGGCGCUCGAGUCUAUCAAUACGAUCACAAGCCUUUCCGACGAGCAUAGGAACGACACCGACCAGCCCGUGCAGACGUCCAUUUCCGUGGCCCUCGAGGAAAGCCUGCAAGAUUCCGCCCAGCUCUCCUUUGAAAGAUGUUUCGGACUCAAGGUUGGCAGCGAGUUCGAAGUUGGACUUCCCCUGGUGGGCAAGACCAAGGUCAGCGUCCAAUUCUCUGGCAGCUGGAAGAGCAGCACCAUCAAGGGCGAAGUGCGCACCAGCGCGGUCAAGGUGCAAAUCAACGAGCAUGUCACAAUACCGCCCGGGAAGUGCGUGCAGAUCCGGAUCGACACAAGGCGCUGCACGAAGACGGCUCCAGCCACGAUGUAUCUGAGGACUGCUUCAGGCAUUGAGGUUCAACGAGAGACGACCGUCACGAGCACCUAUCACUACGACCAAGAGGUUCAUGUUGUACCAGUCACCAACUGAUGCAAAGAACAUGGCUGACACAUGUUGUACCUUCUUGCUGCUUUGUGGGCGGACAUCUUUUCCUCUUGUAUUGUUCUCUUCGCUCGUUGGGUUGCGUUUCAACUGCUUUCUUUUUCAUGUGUUUUGCCUGGUGUUCUCCGUCAUGUCAUGUCAAUUGCCCCUGCAUGUAGUACCCCUGUACUGCUACAGUCUUCAAUCAAUGGCUCGAUUAUUUUUCCUGGUGACGUUCCACGCCUGGUGACGUGAAAAGCGCUUGCCUCGAAUGUAUGUUUGCACGAUACAUCGAUGUGACCAUCAGCCCCUUCUCUCUUUUGUUUUCUCGAUUUCACUCUGAACAGUCCCCACACAAUUGUAAAGGGAUCAACACGUCUAA